AUGAAGCCUGUUAGUCACCAGCAGGCCUGCCAGUUGCUCCACAACAAAUUUGUUGUGGUGUUAGGAGACUCCAUUCAGAGGUCUGUGUACAAGGACCUUGUUCUGCUGUUGCAGAAAGACAAAUAUCUCUCCUUAAAACAACUCAAAAGCAAGGGUGAAAAAAGCUUUGAACAGGACUGCCUGGUGGAGGGGGGUAGUUUGAGUCCGUUGCACAAUGGAACAGGGUACAGAGAGGUUCGCCAGUUUCAGUCUGCUCACCACCUCAUCCGCUUCUACUUUGUGACGCGCAUCUUUUCUCGUUACAUGGAGAGCGUCCUGGCCGAUUUCCGCCACGGCUUGAAACCAGAUGUAGUCAUUCUCAACUCCUGUGUCUGGGAUAUUUCAAGAUACAACUCCACAUGGCUGAGUGACUAUAAGGAAAACCUUCAUAGGUUCUUUGGAGCGAUGAGAGAGAUUCUGCCAGAGGAAACUCUAGUAAUAUGGAAUCUCACCAUGCCCCUGGGAGAGAGGAUCAGAGGCGGUUUCCUGAUUCCUGAGAUUGAGCACAAGGCUCCCCAGCUGCGUUAUGAUGUGAUUGAUGGCAACUUCUACAGCGGGACUCUGGCUGACGCCUACGGGAUGGAUGUGCUGGACCUCCACUUCCAGUUCCGCUUCUCUCUGCAGCAUCGUACGAAGGACGGAAUCCACUGGAACGCCCUCGCCCACCGCAAGAUCACCUCUCUGCUGUUACAGCACACCGCAGAGGCUUGGGGUGUUAUUAUGACCUGUCCCCUGGCUACUAUUGAGCAUAAUGAGGUUACUGCUCAGCAGCCAGCUAAUGGGAAUGCUACCAAACAUGCAGGAGUUCUACGAGCCUCUAACCACCACUCCCUACCUCCCACCAAGUACUUUUCCAACACGGAGAAACAAUAUGGUGGCUACUGGGAGGAGUUCCACAGUGAUUACAUUCCUUUUGGUUUCGAUUAUGAGAACAACCAAAGAGCUCGCAGACAUGGCGGAGCUUACGGACCUGCCCCCCCAACUCUGCUGCCUCUCCUUCCAGACCUCAGACACCAGUUUGCAUAUGGAUGGUCUAGAAAUGGUUUCAACUACAGGCCUCCCCACCACUUCCAGCCUUAUGACGAGCGCCAUCAUCAGCAAGUGAUGAGGACCCGACACACCAGGCACCACUACGCACCGUACACCCAACACAGGCUGCGUCAGUACAGCCAUAACGCCUGCUACUACUGAGGGACACAACUUGCUCUGCUUGGGGCCAAAAAUGACAGGAGGCCAGGGACCAGUAGCACCAGCCCCAUACAUGUGUCUAGGACUCUUGGACAUUUCCAGGAUUUUACUACAUUAGGACAAUUUUAAGAU